AUGAUCUUCACCGGUCUCUUACUAUAUUGUCGUUCAAUGAUCUCCAUGCUCUUUCUAGGCCACCUCGGGGAACUCGCCUUAGCCGGCGGUUCCCUCGCGGUCGGCUUUGCUAACAUUACCGGUUACUCGAUCCUCUCCGGUCUCGCCGUAGGAAUGGAACCUAUUUGUGGACAAGCCUUUGGUGCCAAAAGGUUCACUCUUCUUGGUCUAUGCCUACAAAAAACCAUUCUCUUACUACUCUUAACCUCCAUCCCCAUUUCAAUACUUUGGCUUUACACAAAACAUAUCCUUCUUUUAUGUGGCCAAGAAGAAUCUAUAGCAACACAAGCUCAAUCGUAUCUUCUAUAUUCCAUUCCCGAUCUCUUAGCACAAUCCUUUUUACACCCUUUAAGAAUUUACCUUAGAAGCCAAUCCAUUACUCUCCCUCUAACCCUUUGUGCUACUCUAGCAAUUUUCCUUCACAUUCCUAUAAACUACUUUCUCGUUUCUCACCUCAACAUGGGAAUCAAAGGUGUUGCCUUAAGUGGAGUAUGGACAAAUUUCAACCUUGUAGCUUCUUUGAUUCUCUACAUAGUUUUCUCUGGCACACACAAGAAAACAUGGGGUGGUUUCUCAUCACAAUCUUUCAAACAAUGGAAAUCACUUCUCAAUUUAGCGAUACCAAGUUGUCUUUCCGUUUGCCUCGAAUGGUGGUGGUACGAAAUCAUGAUCUUGCUAUGUGGUUUGUUGAUCAACCCAAGAGCAACCGUUGCUUCUAUGGGAAUCUUGAUUCAAACCACUUCAUUACUUUACAUUUUUCCAUCAUCAAUAAGUUUUAGUGUCUCCACUAGAGUUGGUAACAAACUAGGAGCUCAAAAGCCAUCAAAAGCUAAACUUUCCGCCAUAGUAGGACUCUCAUGUAGCUUCAUUCUAGGACUAUUUGCUUUGGUUUUUGCCACAAUGGUUAGAAAUAUUUGGGCUACAAUGUUCACUCAAGACAAAGAGAUAAUCAAAAUCACAUCUUUGGUUUUACCCUUAAUAGGGCUAUGUGAGCUUGGAAAUUGUCCACAAACAACAGGUUGUGGGGUGCUAAGAGGAACAGCAAGACCUAAAGUAGGCGCAAAUAUCAAUUUUGGUUCUUUUUACAUUGUUGGAAUGCCUGUGGCAAUUUGGUUAGCUUUUUAUGUUGGGUUUGAUUUUCAAGGACUGUGGCUUGGGUUGCUUGUGGCACAAGGUACAUGUGCUGUGACUAUGUUGGUGGUUUUGAGUCAAACGGAUUGGGAUUGUGAAGCACUAAGAGCUAAGAAAUUAACUGGAUUAGGAUCAACAAGUGAUGUUAAUGUUGUUGAUGACAGCAAACAAGUUGAAGCUGAGAAGUUACUUAAACCUGAAAUUAAGGAAGAUUCUUCUUAA